CAACUACUUCGACAGGAUGGGACAAACGCUCUCUGCCUUGUGUUCCAACAUGCCAGCUACACACCCACACCUGCCCAACGGACUACCGCGACCGGUUCAACUUCAGACGCAAUCGUUCCGCGCCAACAGACCGAGUAUCGCAGGACCUGAUACCCCAGAGCCUCCGUAUCCAAUAUUGCUGGAGGGUGUCGUCCAGCAUGGUUUCGGCAGAGGCAGCAAAGACCUUGGAUGUCCCACUGCCAAUCUACCCGAUGAAUCGCUACCAGACAUGGUAGCAGCAGUGAAACCCGGUGUAUACUACGGGUAUGCACAGGUACUUCCGUUAGAAGGACAGAAAUCGCGCCUGCGACCCGAAGACCAUCAAGUCUGGCCGAUGGUCAUGAGCCUUGGCUGGAAUCCAUUUUACAAGAACGAGCGUAUGACUGCGGAAAUUCAUGUCAUGCACGAGUUUUCAGACGAUUUUUACGGGUAUAACAUGAGAGCGUUGGUAUUGGGCUACAUUCGCCCCGAGUUGGACUACACGUCGCGUGAGGCACUCAUAGAGGACAUAGAGAUAGACAAGAAGGUGGCACUGGCUUCGUUAGUGAGGCCAGGAUACAAGUAUACUUCAGAUCCGUUCUUCAGCAAUCAUGACAAAGCCUAAACUCAGGACUCUUCAUCGGCUCAGAUUUCCUGAGUACAUACCAUAGAUAUCAUAUUUGAUGCAUGUCAUGCCAGCCGAAAGAGACAGAAGUUAUUGUAUCGUCAUGCACGAUUCCUAGGAUCCACAAUAGAGUAACUAUAGAGUAACCAGGACUGAAAACUCUCAUG